UCUUUGUGGGGCCGCGAGCUCAGUGGAGAAUCCUGAGCUCCGUCUGCUUUGCCGAGGCAGCUGGCAGUGGGGCUGUCUCCGGAAGACGGACCGCGGACGCCCAGUGCCCGCACUCCGCCGCCUGCUCCCCGCCUGCCCCCGCCUGCCGGGCCUGUCUGCGCCCGUGCCAUCCUUACUCGGGACGCAGUGACCGUUUUUUAAAUCACAAGGGCGUGGGUCAACCUCCCCUAGGACUUCAUGUCUGUAUAUUUCCCCAUUCAUUGCCCUGACUAUCUGAGAUCGGCCGAGAUGACUGAGGUGAUGAUGAGCACCCCAUCCAUGGAGGAGAUUGGCCUCAACCCCCGAAAGGAUGGCCUUUCCUAUCAGAUCUUCCCUGACCCGUCAGACUUUGACCGCUGCUGCAAACUGAAGGACCGCCUGCCCUCCAUAGUGGUGGAACCCACAGAGGGGGAGGUGGAGAGCGGGGAGCUGCGGUGGCCCCCCGAGGAGUUCUUGGUCCAGGAGGAUGAGCAGGACAACUGUGAAGAGACAGCGACAGAGAACAAGGAGCAGUAGAUUCCCACCGACUCCCCACGGGUCACACCAGACAGCAUCUGUACCUGAACUGUGUUCUUUCCCAUUGUGAUGGAUGAAGAGAGUGGGCCACAAUCAUUCUGAAACGUCAGACCAGGCUUCCGUUUUGCUCCUGCGAAUCACUGAGUUGGUUUUCUUUCCCUUUCUUUUCUUUCUUUUUUUUUUUUUUGAACUGUGUCGCACCCUGGAGCCCUCUGGGGCACUUUGCAAGACCUUCUGAGAAAGGAAGCUGCUUCGAGCUGGGGUUGGGGGUGUGGGGAAGCUUUGGUUUUUGAGAUCAGUAUCUGAACUCAGCACCUAGAGGCAGCGGUGGGAUUCCAGGGGGCUCUGCGGGGCGGGGGGCAGCGGGGGGAAUGGGGCAUACACAGCGAGCAAGGAACAUUUGGGCUAAGAAAACAAACACGGGACAAAAGAGCAAAUGCACGGUUUAAGGAAAACACUGAGCAGAGAGGUGCAGCCAGGAAGUACUUACUUCUCAGUGAGCCCUCUCUCUGCUGCUGGGGCAUCAGACAACCAAGUCUUCAUCUCUCUCCAGCUUCGCCAGCCUUUGCUUUCGUUUCAGGUGUGUUGCCUGUUACAGGGGAGGCGGGUAAAGGAGAGCAGUGCACCCUGGCUGCCUGCAAAGCCAGCCGGAGGUGGUGCUCAGAAAGGGAAAGGCCCCCCAUCUUUCUCCACGGCCCCUCUGCUCCUGGCUGUGGCAGGUUGACAUCCCUGCGGUAAGCUGGAGUGGUUGUUUUUAAGAGGCAGUGCUUUUGAGCUUCUCUUCCCUUAUUUAUCCUUUUUGUCCCGCCCGCCCCUGGGAGUAGUGAGAGUUCUUCCUGCCCUUGUCGGAGGACUGAUGUGAACACUUGGACAUGAAGGUCCCCUCCACACUUGCUCUCAGACUGAGCAGAGGCCCAGAGCGAGUGGGUGGGCUCUCCCAGGCUGGCCCUUCUCUCUCCUUACCAUGCCCUCCCAGCCCCUGGUCACAGCCAUGAGGCGCAGGUGGCUCCCAGCCCUGCAGUGGGUUCCAGCCACCAGAGUCAGUUGCGUACCCGCUCCCAUGUGGGCGUGUGGCCUGCUUUCCUGGUGGGAGCUGCAUGGAGAGCACAGGAGACUCUGUUUCUUGUUGGGGAGGUGACUAAGUUAGUGUACAUCCCGAGAGCUGGCAAAGCCCGGGAAUUACUGGAUGGGUGAGGAGGCUCUUGUGCAGCAGCCUGGGGAUCGAGUUUGACACUAAAGGGUGUCAUGCGAUCCCUGGCUUCUCCCCUGGCGUUCCUGGUGGGAGGACGGCGUGGCGAGGGAGCAUGGAACGGUGUCCUCCUCACUCCCCACCUCCCGCCUGUCCCCUGCAAGGGCACUGUUACCCGAGAAGGUUAGCCUUGGACUUAGAGCUUCUUAUCAUAGUUCAGAACCACCAGGAGCUGCACAGUGCAGGAUGCGCUUCAUCUCUAUCUCAGAGCAGACCGUGCUGCCAAGAGGUGGGCUCAAGAGCAGCCCUGGGGCUGAACUCUGCCCAGCGAGGCACCCAUGUGAGCCCUCAGGUGUCCAGUCAGUCCAGGGUGACCGGGUUUGGACUUGCAUGAAGGUUGUAUUUAAUACCUCAAGGUUAGUGUGGCUCUGGGGAAGGUUGGGCAGGAGGACAGGGUGUGCUGUUGAUACAUCAACAGGGUUUGGUUCUGGGCAGCCGACACUCUCCCAUCCCCGCCCCUGCUCCCUUCCUCUGUGUUGACUGCUUGUGUUACUCACACCGAUCGAUGGCAAUAACUUCUUCCAGCUCCUCGAGGAAGUGGGAGAGCCUGCAGCCUGCACUGGGGGUGUUUCUCUCUUGCUCUCCCUUUCCUCCGGUUUUGGCUGCGGAGACCCUUCCCUCCCACUCUCCUUCCCUCACAGCAGCAUUUCUCAUCCUGUGCCUCCCUUGUGGAUGGGGUCUUGCCUUUUAAAAUCCUGUGUUUCAUGUCCCCCUCCAAUGUGUUCCCCUGUAUCAUCUGUCCGUGUGAUGGGAACGUGCUUGUAAACUGCAUAACAGACCUACGUUGUGUAUAUGUGUGUUUAUGGGGGUGGUUUAUUAUUUUUGCUGGUCGCUAGACCCCUUUGUACGACCAUGUGGAGUCUGAGCAGGCCAGAGGCUGACAGCUAAAGUCAGGACCCUCAGCGGUGAGCCUGUUGGGGGGACCCAGUCGCUCUUGGACAAGUGGCUGAGCUCCUGUCUGGCCUCCUCUUUUUUUUUUUUUUUAAGUAUCUUGUGUGUAUUUCUAACUGAUCGUACUAAAAGCAAACAAACUAGUAUUUCAGUAAACAUGCCUGUUGUAAGAUGAACCUCCUGUAACUUCUAUCUGUUCUUUUUUGAGGCUCAGGGAGAAACUAGCUUUUUUUUUUCCAAACUACUUUUUGUCACUGUGACAGUUGUAAAUAAAGUUUGAAAAUGCUUUCCA